CAUUGGCUCAUAUACAGAUUAAGCUUGACUAAUGAGCGCCAUCUACAGGUCACGUGUCGCAUCUGCAGCAUCGGAUUUAAGGUGGAACGGGCAGGUUGUAUCAGAAGCCUACUUCAGCCUUCAGCUGGGUUUACUCAAAGCCAGAUCUGUGUCAUCACACGUGUUGUCUGGGUGUGCCACAUGCAGCUCUGCUGUCCUGCAACUGUACACCACUGAUCUGGUCACUCCAGUGUUUGCAAGGGCAAAGCUUACAGUGAGAUCGGCUUACAGUAAUCAUCUGAGCGAAAUUCUUUAACGUGCCUGGUCCAGUUUCUAGCAGGCUGGAAGAAUAACCGCAAUCCACUCCAAAAGAAAGGAUCGAGUAGGUGUUUUAAUCGCAUCAUGAGUAGCGUGUUUCGAAACUGCAAAUCUGUCCUUGUAACCGGUGCUAACCGAGGCCUCGGUUUACAAAUAGUUGAAAGCUUAGUAACUGGAGGAGGUUAUGCAGGAAAGGUCAUCGCUACUGCACGCAGUCCAGGCGAAGCCGAAGAAUUGCAGAACCUGUCCAAGAACCAUCCAAACAUACACACCAUCACACUUGAUGUUGUCAGUGAAGAGAGUAUAAAGAAGGCUGCUGUGGAAGUAGAACAGAUUGUUCAGGAGGAUGGCCUCAACUGCCUUAUCAACAAUGCUGGCAUCAACGUCAUAGCCGACUUUGAAACAGUGACCGCUGAGAAAAUGUUGGAGAACUUUCAUACAAAUUCUGUAGGACCCCUCAUGAUCACCAAGGCUAUGCUUCCUAUGUUAAAGCGGGCUGCUGCAAAAGGGGUAGGAAUGGGCAUCCACCGAGCCGCAGUCAUCAACAUGACCUCACUCUUGGGCUCAGUGGAGCUCAAUUGGGGAGAACGUGCCAAGGACUUCAAAUGGUACCCAUACAGAACAUCAAAGAGCGCACUGAACAUGAUCACUAGAUGUAUGGCAGUGGACCUGGAGGCUGAUGGGAUCCUCUGUAUGGCUAUUCAUCCUGGCUGGGUGCGCACAGAUAUGGGAGGGCAAGAGGCACCAUUGAGUACAGAAGAGAGCAUCAGCUCUGUCUUGGCCGUGAUUGGCAGCUUGACUGAGAAGGAUCAUGGAACUUUUCUGCACUACACUGGUGAAGCUCUGCCUUGGUGAUGUUGCUGAGGAUGAGCAAUAUACAGUAUUAGAAAUUAUAAAACUGCUAAAAGGUUUGUGUGUUAUUUGUUAGAUAUU